GUGGCGCUGUUUGGAGCAACCUGACGAGCACUAAGACAAAGCUAAAGAUAAAUCACUUGCGAUCGAGCCCAGAGCCUCCAGAGCUCGCGGGGUUCUACGUCGACAGCCAUUGGUGCUACGGACUAGGCUUUCAACACAACUGCUGGCUGGACGUGCGCAAAUACUCAUGUCGGCCCUCGCCGAGGCGGAGGAGGACGCGGACACGCCGGCCCGGGACCACUGGAGCCUGCUCUCGCAGGGCGCCGAGGCCCGCGUCUACGGCCUGGACCUCUGCGGCCUGCCGGCCGUGGCCAAGCACCGGCACCGCAAGGCCUACCGCAUCGCGGCGCUCGACGGCCGGCUGCGGCGCGACCGGACGCUCGCCGAGGCUCGCGCGCUCGCGCGCUGCCGCGCGCGGGGCGUGCCGGCGCCGGCGGUGCUGGGCGUCGACGCCGCGCGCUGCGUGCUCUACCUCGAGCGCGUGCCGGGCCCGACGGCCCGGGCCUUCGUGGACGCGAACCGCGCGGACCCCGCGCGCCUCGGGGCCGUGCUCGCGGCCCUCGGCGGCGCCGUCGCGCGGCUCCACGCGGCCGGGCUCGUGCACGGCGACCUCACGACCUCGAACGCCGUCUGCCGCGCCGCGGACGACGUCGUGCUCAUCGACUUCGGCCUGGCCGGCGCCUCGGCGCAGGUCGAGGACCGGGCCGUGGACCUCUACGUGCUGGAGCGGGCCCUCGCGUCGACGCACCGGGACGCGGACGGCCUCGUGGCGGCGGUGCUCGCGGCCUACGCCGCCGCGGCGGCCGACGCGAAGCAGGUCCUCCGGCGACUCGACGCCGUCCGCGCGCGCGGCCGGAAGCGCGAGUGCUUCGGGUAA